AUGUAUGGAAGCAAGAUACUUUUGUUUAUUUUGCUGCAAAUUGUGUGUGAGGGUCACGAGUAUGUGCAAGCAGCCACACGAACCUAUUACCUGGCGGCAGUGGAGGAGGACUGGGACUAUGCACCCGGUGGGAACCUUGUCAACGACGACCUGCAGACGUCCAACCUGUUUCUACUCCAAGGACAAAAUCGUAUCGGAAGUGUAUAUCGCAAAGUGUUCUACCGUCUCUACACUGAUGCCACGUUCCGGGUGCAGGUCAGGCCAGAGGCUGCUCUUGGUUUCUUAGGACCUGUUCUGCGCGCGGAGACUGGCGACACCAUCAACGUUGUCUUCAAGAACAUGGCCUUCCAGGCCAACCGCAACUUCAGCGUGCACCCGCACGGCAUCCAGUACAACAAAAAUUCCGAGGUGAGCUGUGAAUAUAUAUAUAAUAUAUUUUCCCGCUAA